UUGCCACGGAUCAGUUUGACAUCCGGGAAUCUGCGCGAUAAUCGAAAUGAAACAAAAAAAUAAGCACGUGAUAAUUCCCAUUGGCAUUACGAUUAACAAUUCUUAUUUUGGCUACGCUCCGUGUUAUCCAUUUCUCUCUUUAACAUGGGACACGCCUAUGAUCCCUGAAUCUUGCUUCCCAGACGAGACCAACCGUCACAACAUGGAGCUGAUCUCCCGCGCGCUGUGUAUUGUGUGCUUGGAUGAAGCCGGUGGGGACAGAGCUGAUGCUGACGCUGACACCAACGCGUUCUUACGAGCCAUGCAUGGAGCAGGGACCAAGCAUCACUCUGCUAAUCGUUGGUUCGACAAAACUGUCCAGCUGAUCAUAUCCUCCGACGGCACCGUGGGCAUGUGCUACGAACACAGCGCGGCGGAAGGCGUGGCGGUGGUUCGUCUGGCCGAGCGGGCGCUAGCUCGGGCUGCGGUGGCGGCUCGGCCUGCCCCGCCGCCGGCGCUGCUGCCAGCCCCUCAAGCGAUGAAGUGGACCCUCAAGACUGACGUGGAGAGAAUGAUUGAGCAAGCUGGGAGGGAAAUUGAUCGCAACAUCGCGGACCUGGACGUGAAGGUGUACACAUACAAGGGCUACGGGCGAGAGUACAUGAAGAGCUGUCGCACCAGCCCAGAUGUCUACAUUCAGCUAGCCAUGCAGUACGCCUACUACAAGAUGUACGGGCACCUGGUCUCCACCUACGAGUCCGCCUCCCUCCGCCGCUUUCUCGAAGGCCGAGUGGACAACAUCCGCUCAGCCCACCUGCCCGCCCUGGCCUGGGCCAAAGCCAUGUGCGCUGACGAGACCCCGCCCCUCUCCGAGGCUGAUGACAGCCAGAAAAAGGUGUCUUUUAAUUUAUAUGGGGAGCAGAAGAAACUGGAGCUCUUCGAUGAAGCAGCGAAGAAGCAGACCGCUAUAAUGGAAGCCAACAUCCUGGGCCGGGGGAUAGACAACCAUCUCCUAGGGCUGCGGGAAACGGCGCGGGCCCAGGGUCCGCUUCCGGACUUCUUCACUGAUCCCACGUACAAGCUGAUGAAUGAGUUUAAGCUGAGCACUAGCCAGGUGGCCACCACUACCGACGGCACGUUUAUGGGUUACGGAGCCGUCGUCCCCGACGGGUACGGCUGCUGCUACAACCCCAAGAAGGACUCCAUUAUCUUCUGCAUCUCGUCCUUCGUGUCAUCCAGCGUCACCAACACCGAAGCCUUCCGGCAGUCGCUGGAAGAGGCGCUGGACUCCAUGAAGCUGAUGUUCCAGCAUCGGCAGACCUAAACAUAUAUCAUGUCCUGCAUCCAUCGCGCUGUCAUCAACACAACGGCGUUGAGGUGUGAGGUGGAGUCAAAAGGGUGAUGAGGACCGCCGUAGCCGAAAGAUUUGGUAAUGAUUUUAGAGGUAUUGAAGGUGAGUUUCAAGAUGUACUGGGAAAAUGAUGGUAUAGGGUCUAAACGGGUUAAAAGUUGAUCUCAUCAUAGUAAAAAAUGUUUGAAAAUGUACAAAAACAUCUUUCGAGGUAAAAUGUCGAGAGAUUUUCUUCCUUGAAUAAACGCCUACCAAAUACAGAGAUCAGGAGAAAAACGGUAAGUAGUUGUAAAUGUAUGUUGAAUGCACGGCGUUUUAAAGGAAAUUAGUAAAUUAAGCAAAGUAAAAAGUAACCUUGAAAUUAGUUAUCAGUCUCUGGUUUGUCAUUUAUAUUGGAGAAAUAUUAAAAAGGUUAUUAAAAAUAUAUAAAAUAAACGUUGGUCGCUUUCCAAGCGAUAUUUUGAAUAUUUAAUAACAUUUUAAGAAGUAAACAACUUUAUUCCGUAUGUAAUACGCACAUUACGUAGUUCUAAGAAACGUAAUUGAAGGGUAAGGGAACUAAAACAUAUCAAAAAUGAUGUCCUAAAAAAUGUAGCUGUAAAUGUUUGACUUUAAAUGCUUACAAUUUGUAUGUAAAAUCUAGCAGUAUGAUCUCAUUAAAUUUGUUAAACAUAUAUAAAAAAAAAAGUAAAGACAUCCAAGUAUCUUAUACAUAUUUAAAUGCAAAGACGUAUAAAUAACAGUAGAAUUUAUUUGUGAUCAGUAAUUAGAAAAGAAUUUUAAAAAAUGUUUAAAAAAUAAUUAUGAACCUUAUGUUAACCGCUUUUUAAGCGUCUUUUGAAUGUCUAAAAAUAUAAUUGUUAUAAGUUAUAAAAUGUUAAAUUUUGUUCCGUAUUUAAUACGCACAUUGUAUAGAUGUAAGAAACGAUUAUAGGUUUAGGGAACUAAAACAUAUCAAAAUGAUUGUCCUUAUAAAAUAAACCUAGUUGUGAAUGUUCUAUUGCUUAC